AUGCCCGACUCUGUACACCUCGGAAUGGCGCCAUCGUUGUCACCGACGGCUAUGACCGAGAUCUAUGCCAAGCCCGACGUUGUCCGUGCAAUGUCCGAGCACAGGAUCCUCCGCGACAACCUUCUCCGGGAGUACAAGGCAGUCUCUGCCUCAGACCUCCCGGAUACGGAACGUCUGCGGGUCAAGAACUCGUACGAAAAGGCACGCUACCUGACCUUCCAGCAUGUCCAGUUGGAGCUCCACGAUCUUGAUCCGGACCACACCAAUCGUACCAAUCUCGACUCGGUACAACUGGACAAUUCAUCCCCUUCGGCGGAUUCCACGCCACCCCCGCCCUACCGUGAUCCCCUAUCAGCCGAGGCGGUCGACUUCUCGGUGGAAACAGCUGAGUUGUUCGACACGACGGUCGAUGUCAGCUCAAAGGAGGCUAUCGCGUUGUCCGCCUUCGAACUAGACAGCAUCACACCGGACGAAUAUUCGGCGUUGCUUCAGUCAGGCCCUGAGGUUGAUGCCACUCUCCUCGACUUUCUCGACGUCGAUGCCCAGCUCGAGGAGGAGGAAGCCGAUGACGAUGACGACAAGAUUCCGACCGAGGCGGAGCUCACCAUGGUCGACGGCGCGCUGAAUGCGGACGACGGGGUCGGCGCUGCCGACGACGAUGACAUGGCAGACGAGACCACCGACGCCAACGCUCCCAGUGCUAGCUCCGCCGCCAAUUACCGCCGACGCGAUCAUUGGACACGAACGAGGAGACCGCCUUGCCUCGUUAAGGGCCUCAGUAACCAACAGGUGCCAGAUGGAUUGGCAGUCGACCUAUGGCCCUCCCAUGUGGCACGACGUUCCAGGCGUUGUUGA